AGAAUAGAGGGAGAAGAAGAGGGGAAGCAGUUCCCGCCAAGUGAAAAGGCAGGGCGCGAAAUACCCUUUCCCUUCCCUGUGUCUGUGUGGCGUUUUCUUCCUUUCUUUCUAAACUCCAAACCUAAAACUCUAAUCGGAUCGGAUCCAAAGAGAAUGAAGGGUGGAACGGUUCAGAUUAGCUGGCACGAGAGCAAACCCAUCUUAACCCUCGAUUUCCACCCUCUCUCCGCCACUCUCGCCACCGCCGGCGCUGAUUUCGAUAUCAAGUUUUGGUCUAUAAAACCAUCAGGGACACAGAAGAAGCUACCAGCAGUUUCCUAUCUUAGUAACCUCUCUUACCAUAGUUCCGCAGUAAAUGUUCUUCGCUUUUCGGCUUCCGGGGAAUUGCUAGCCUCUGGUGCUGAUGGAGGUGAUCUGAUAAUAUGGAAACUGCAUUCUACUGAUACUGGUCAGACAUGGAAGGUUCUCAAGAUGUUACGAUCCCAUCACAAGGACAUUCUGGACCUGCAGUGGUCCACUGAUGCCACAUAUCUCAUAUCCGGAUCAGUUGAUAAUUGUUGCAUUAUAUGGGAUGUUAACAAAGGAAUUAACCUUCAAACAUUGGAUGCCCAUGCACACUAUGUUCAGGGGGUUGCAUGGGACCCACUAGGGAAGUAUGUUACUUCUCUUAGUUCUGACAGGACUUGCCGAAUUUACAUGAAUAAGCCUCAUAAAUCAAAGGGCAUUGAGAAAAUCAAUUAUGUUUGCCAGCAAGUCAUUUCCAAGGCAGAACAGCCAUUAUUAAAGAAUUCAACGGCAACAAAAUAUCAUCUCUUCCACGAUGAGACAUUGCCAUCUUUCUUCAGAAGAUUAGCCUGGUCUCCUGACGGUUCAUUUCUACUAGUGCCUGCAGGCACUUACAAAAUUAAUACUGCAUCUGAAUCUGUGAAUGCGGCUUACAUAUUUUCUAGAAAAGAUCUUUCUAGGCCCGCUAUACAGCUUCCUUGUGCAAGCAAAGCUGUUGUAGCUGUCCGGUUCUGCCCCAUAUUUUUUAAACUUCGGGGAAGGAACUCAGCUGGGCUGUUUAAGCUCCCAUAUCGCAUCAUAUUUGCUGUGGCCACUUUGAAUUCGUUAUACAUUUAUGACACUGAAAGCACCUCUCCAAUAGCUAUAUUAGCUGGUCUUCACUAUGCUGCAGUAACAGAUAUUACCUGGUCAUCUGAUGCCCAUUAUUUGGCAUUGUCCUCACAAGAUGGUUUCUGCUCUUUGGUGGAAUUUGAAAAUGGCGAACUUGGAAUACCUUUCUCUUUAUCAGAAGGAAAUGUCUCAGCCAAUGAUAGUAAGUGCACCCAGCAGACAGCCAAUGAUACAGUCAUUGGACCAACAGGGAAUAUUAGUACAGUUGUAGCAGAAAGCAAGAAAAUGGAAGGGAAGGUUGAUGACAUGGUUAUUGAAGCAUCUGGGAAUAUUGGUGCCAUCACAGCCGAAAGCAGGAAAAAUGAAACACUAAAGAAGGCUGAUGAUAUGAUCAUCAAGUCAGCUUGGAAUAUAGCAGAUAGUAGGAAAAAUGAAGCAGAAGAGAAAACUGAUGACAUGGUCAUUGACGCAUCUGGGAAUGUUGAAGGGAUUAUGACAGAUAGUAGGAAAAAUGAAGCAGAAGAGAAAGCUGAUGACAUGGUCAUUGAGAAAACUGGUGGUGUUAGUGCCACUGAAUUAGAUAGUAUAAAAAUUGAAGCAGAAGACAAGACAGAGAAACAGCUACAGAGUUCAGGUAGUGUAAAUUCUGGAACAGAAGACAAUGCAGAAAAACAAUUUACUAAUCCAGAUGGUAAACAAACGGGAGCAAAGGCAAAGACAGAGAAACAGCAGUCAAGUUUAGACGGUAUAAAAUUAUGUCAAGAAAAGGCAGAGAAACAAUUGUGCACUUCAACGACUACGCCCAUAUCAAAUAAACCAGCCAAGAAGCGUAUCACUCCUAUUCCCAUUAAUCCAUGAUUUUUCAAUUCCUGAGAAAUUGCAUCCAUGUCCGCCUCACUCCUACAUGGACUGGACUAGAAAUUUAUAAACAUUUUCUCCAGAACACAAAUAGGCGAUGUAAAAAUUGGAAGGGAAGUCACUUUUUACUGCUGGAGGUGGUUUACAGUUACAAGAUGAUAGGGAUAGAUGUUAUCCAUAGCUUUGCAUGCCCACACCUAGUUACAAAUUAUUGGCUCAUUCUUGAUCUUCAAAUGAGAAGUUGCAAUGAAUGGUACAGUGAGCGUGUAUUUUGUUAUAAAUAUUUUGACAAUAGCCUGGGGAUAACCCUUUCUACCAGCAUAGUGGUUGUUGGAGACUAGAUCAGUGGCAUUUUUUAUUAUCAUACAUAAAGUUGUGUAUUGGGGAAUGGGAAAAUGUAGCCUGUGUUAACAAUUACUUUGUAAUUAUAUGAAAUGUAAGGGACAGAGAAAAUUUUUG